AUGGAAAGUAAAUGUAAAAGAAUUGUUCUAACAAAAGGAUUAGAGGAGUUGAGUUCCUAUUAUUUUAGAAUGAUUAAGUCCUUACUGAGUAUGGAUUUAAAACUGACUGAAAAAACGCGAGAAGAAUAUGACAGAAUUAAGAUUGCUGACUUAAUGGAAGAAAAGUUCCGUGGUGAUGCUGGUUUGGGCAAACUAAUAAAAAUUUGCCAAGAUAUACCAGCACUUGAACAUAUUGCUGAAAUUCUUAAAAAAGAAAAGCUAAAAGCCAAAGAAGCAAUCCCAUCAAAGAAAAGGAAGCUGGAGGAAGUGAGUCCAGCUACACCUGAACCCACCAUAAGCCACACUCUCACAUCUAAAGAAGCAGAGGAGGCUCCUGGAGCUCAGACUCAGAAAUCACUGGCCAAAUGUCAGGUAAAUGCCAGAAGACAUAUUCUCCAACAGGGCCCAAUGAUAGUGGUGGUACUGAAUGCAACAGAACUAUUUGAAUAUGAAGCCUCAGAAAAUGAGAGAAAACAAAUGUUCCAUGCUACAGUGGCUACCAAGACACAGUUAUUCUAUGUAAAAGUUUUAAACACCAAAUUGAAAAGACAAUUUACCCACAAAAAAGUCCUUAUCAUAUCAAAUUAUUUUGAACAUGGAAAUCUCCUAGAGGUGAAUGAAGACUCUUCUGUGUCUGAAGCUGGUUCUGACCAAAAGAUUGAUGUUCCAAACAACAUCAUCAAAAGAGAAAAGGAAACUUCAAUGAUUGAUAUUCUUUACAAGCAAGCUUCAGGAACUAUUGCAUAUGGGUUAUUUACACUAUGUAAGAAAACAGUAAAUAAGAAGGACACCAUCUAUGGAAUUCAGGAUGCAACAGGAAAUAUGGAUGUAGUGGGAAGAGGAACAUGCCACAACAUCCCUUGUGAAGUAGGAGAUCAGCUUAAACUCUUCUGCUUUCGACUACGAAAAAAGAACCAGAUGUCAAAACUGAUGUCUGAAAUGCAUAGUUUCAUAGAGAUAAAGAAAAAAACAAAUCAGAGAAAUAACCCCACUGACAUAAAGCUAUCCCAGGAAAAGAGUCAGCUUACAGCAUAUUCAGAAGCCUGCACAGCCCUAACUGGGAACCAUCCCCAGCCUGCUCAGCUGCCACCAGUAACGCCAUCCCAGGGUUUCUUCACUCAGAAAAGUGAAGACACAAUCACCAAAAUGUAUGACUACAAGAAGAUGCAGGUAACGAAGGAUGAGAGUCCACUUCCAGGACCGUCUCGGACCAGCCUGCACACAGUUAAGAGCAGUCACCAGACUCCUUGCAUGCCUCCAACAACACCAAACAGCAGCUCCUUAACUAAGAAAAGCAAAGGCACAAUCACCAAAAUGAAUGACUGUCUCAAGAUGCGAGUACCCAAGCAAGAAAGUCCGUUUCCAGGACCGACCCGGGCCAGCCAGCACACGAUUAAAAGUAGUCCCCAGACUCCUUCCAUGCCUCCAACGACACCAAACAGUAGCUCCUUCACCAAGUAGAAACCAAGAUUGAAGACUGUUCUUCAAGAAGCUUCCAAAGAAGAAGGCUACCAAAGUGGCCCCAAAGAAGUCAUGGUGCUGAGUGCAACAGAACUAUUUGUAUAUACGCUAAAGGAGCAGAAAAAAAUGUUUCAUGCCACAGUGGCUACUGAGAAUGAGUUCUUCCAAGUGAAGGUUUUUGACACUGACUUAAAGGAAAAAUUCAUCCCAAAGAGGAUCAUUGAAAUCUCAGAUUAUUAUGGCCGCAAUGGGUUCCUGGAGGUAUACCAAGGUUCAUCUGUGUCUGAUGUGAAAUCUGAGAGAAAGAUGGAGAUCUCAAGCAGGGUGAUUACAAGUGCCGAAGCGACUCCUAAAAUCAGUGAUCUUUACUCAAAAGCUAAAGAAACAUUUGUGAAUGGGGUGUUUAUGGUACAUAAGAAAAAAGUGAGGGAUGAAUGCACUUUUUAUGAAAUACAAGAUGAUACAGGGAAGAUGGACGUGGUAGUAUAUGGACGACUGACCCAUGUCAACUGUGAGGAAGGAGAUAAACUUAAACUCAUCUGCUUUGAAUUUGCACCUUCAAGUGCGGCUAAGUGGCAACUGAGAUCAGUAAUUCACAGCUACAUCAAGGUCAUCAAGCCCAGGAAAAGCAAAAAAGAAUCACUCAAAGCUGAUUCAAAUAUGGAAACUUCACUUUAG